AUGGCACAAGUGAAUUAUCUCAUUGUUGUUCUAUCACUCCACAUAGUUUGGUCAUUAUGUACGAGCAAAUUGUGCAGUGCUUCUGAUCUAAAAAAAUUUGGAUCUUUUCCUGCCAUUCUUAUUUUCGGUGAUUCUACGGUAGAUACGGGAAAUAACAACUUCAUUCCCACCAUUAUAAAGGCUAAUUACUCUCCCUAUGGCAAAGAUUUUCCCGGUCAUAUUGCUACUGGAAGGUUCAGUAAUGGAAAACUCAUUCCGGACAUGGUGGCUUCUAGGUUGGGCAUAAAGGAGCUUGUUCCUCCAUUUUUGGAUCCAAAAUUGUCAAAUGAUGACGUGAAAUCAGGAGUUAGUUUUGCAUCAGCCGGCUCAGGGUUUGAUGAUCUAACUACUAUGACAUACAAAGUUAUUCCUAUGAUGAUGCAAGUUGAUAUGUUCAAGAAUUAUAUUCAAAGACUUACCGAGAUUGUAGGUGGAGAUGAAAGUAAGAAGAUUAUUGGUAGUGCUUUAGUUAUUCUUAGUGCAGGAACUAAUGACUUUACCAAAAAUUUCUACGACCUUCCGGUAAGGAAACUACAAUACAAUAUUAGCGGUUACCAAGAUUUCAUCCAAGAUAGACUACAAAGCUUCAUCAAGGAAAUUUACGAGCUUGGAUGUCGCAAUAUAGUGGUUGCUGGCCUCCCUCCUAUUGGUUGUCUUCCCAUUCAAGAGACUAUAUCGUUUCAACCUCCUCUAAAGCGAAUAUGUUUGGAAGAUCAAAACUCGGACUCCAUAUCCUAUAAUCAGAAGCUUUCAAAGUUGUUGGGCAAUCUACAAUCGCAACUACAUGGAAGCACAAUAUUGUACACUGACAUUUACACCCCUCUCAUCGACAUGGUCAAUAAUCCUCACAAGUAUGGUUUUGAGCAUACGAACACAGGUUGUUGUGGAACUGGAUUGGCAGAAGUAGCGCCUCUAUGUAAUGCAUUAACCCCAACAUGUGAAGAUUCAUCAAAAUACCUGUUUUGGGAUAGCGUCCAUCCGACCGAAGCAGCUUACAAAUUCAUGACUGAAUUAUUUCUCAAGCAAUUUCUUUAA